GAAGUGCCCAUGACGCUGGUCUCGGCAUGCCGUUCGGUGACCAAAGAUGUCCCAGUGACGGUUUGUGGGCGUUUGUGCCCAGUGAAGAACUUUGAUUCCGUGGGAAGCUUGCAAAAGGAACUGCAAAGUGUGCUUGGCGUUCAAGAACAGGACUUCGAUAUUUGUGAUAGCAGUGGACAAAGGAUUUGCACUGACCAGCAACUUGAAAGCGCAAUUUCAGGCCAGCGUCUGCCAUUACAAGCUGGCCUCUCCGAUGCUUCGGUCCAUCUGAUCGAAAAUCGACGUGAAGAGCUGGCACAAAUGCAAUGGAAGGUCAUUCGGGACAAAAUGCAAUCCUACAGCGCAGAUUUGCUACAGCUCACUCGACAGAUGUCAGAUUUGCAGCAAGAGUUUGAGAUGCAGGGGAAGGAGCAUGAUUCCAAACUCGAGGCGUUCCGAGGCGACGUCAACAAACAGAUGGCCCAGGGCCGGUCCAGCUUGGAGGCAACAAUGGUCUCUUUGUCGGAGCGGGUGCAAUCCUUUACCAACCUGGUGAACGGCGAGAAGAACAAACGCGAACAUGCAAGCAAAGCUCUGGAGAAUCAACUUCAGGAACUGCGCAAAGUGCUUGACCAAGAGCGCCACGAAAGGCUGCAGGAAGCGAGCCGCCAUGUUGAGAUGUUGAAGGAGUGCAAGGUCAAGUGCGAAGCGCAGCAGCGAGCCUUGGAGGCGGCAGAGCAGCAGCGAUCUGCAGAUAUGCAGUCGCUGAAAGUCGAGUUGGCCAGGGCUGCAAGGGACUGGAUGCACACGGCAUCUGAGCGACUUGAUGCCUUCAGCGCUUCUUUGGAGGACACAAGGAGAGAACUUCGUGGUCACGGCGAGAUGAGCAAGCAGGCCUUGAAUCGGAGCCAGGAAGCAUAUGACUUGGCCCGGAAGAUCCAUGAUAUGGAAGUCAAAGGCCACCAACUGGAUGUCCGUUUGAGCCAGACAGCGAAGAAUUUCUCGGAGCGGCAGCAGUCCAUCACUGAGCGCCAGGAACAGAUCUGGGAGUUGUUUGAGGGCGUGCGCGCUGACAAACAAAGCCUGGAGAUUAAGACCGAGGGACUGUCGCAGCAAGUGCAGGACUUGAGGAGUUUGAUUGCCAAGAGUGAGCAAGCUGGAGAAAAACUGGUUGAAAAGGAAACCUCAACACUUCGGGAUGAACUUGCAUCCCUCCUGGCAAAUGUCACAGCAGAUCACAACAAGCAGAUCUCCGACCUGGACACCCGCUGGUCUGAACGCUUCGAACGCGAGAGUCGCUUGCGUGAGAAGAUGCACCUCGACAAGACCUCCCACACAGCCAGCACAAAUGAGAUGGAAAGCCCGGCAAGCCCCCGAGUGGAGAUCGCCAAGAUGCAAAUAUCGCCCAGAGGUGUGACCGUGCGACGUGUGUUGCACACUCCCAACGGUUCCUGGUCAGUGCCGCCUGGCAGCCCACAAGUGGUGCGCGGCCGUGGCCAGACCGUGCCGCCACAAAACCUUCCUGGAGCCGUGCUGCUGGGUGCUCCAGGAUCUCCUCAGAUGAUGAAAGCAAGUGGACUCUAUGGUCCACUGCAAUCUGUCUUGGCCUCCGGUUCACCCAGAGACAUGAGGACUUCAUUGUAA